UUUCGCAAGGCCUGCAGUCUCUGUUUGCAGGAUACAAGUCCACCUCACCUCGCCUACUAGGCUGUAGACACCAUGCAGGCGGGAACGUGUGUUUUAUCCAUUACUGUAUCCUCUAGAACAGAGAACGUGCUCAAGAAAAUUUGUUGAAAGACACCCCAAUGAGAGAAGAACGGCUGUUUCCAGCCUCUGGGGCCCUUCAGCUCUGGGCUCCCGCGGGGCCCCAGAACUGUGGGAUCACGGCCACGAGGAGAGGCCCCGACGCCAGGACUUCCUCUAAUGGACACAGGGCCUUUGAGCACUGGGUGAAUGGGGCCCCACUCCCCAGCAGCCAUGUGUGUUUGCGAGCAUUUUCAGUCGGCCCGCAUCCACCCGGUCCCUUCAGCCAGAACCCUAGGAGCCCCGCCCCCAUCCUCCCGGGGCUCCUUUCUCACCCGGGUCCCUGCCUCAGUGGCUACGCACCCCUCAGGCUGGCUGCCCAGUGCGGUUUCCACGCCCAAUCUGCCGCAACCCCAUCACUCCACCCUCACCUACCCCUGACUCCUGCUUGUCCUCCAGCCUGGGCUCCUCCCUCCGCUGGCCAAGUCAUGCCAAGCAGUUUGCGGUUACAGGACGGGUGGGGGCCUCUGCAUAUGUGCAGAGUAUGGAGGGCCCAGGGACGCGAGGCUGCCCGAUGGGCAACCUCCCCUGCCUUUGCUUUUCCCCAGAGCCCCCUCCUGGCCUGCAUUCGGCAUCUUCUCGGGUCAUCAUCGCCCUCUGCGGUGCCUGCGCUCGGGGUGAGGGUUUUUGUCGGCUUUUGUUACAUCACCAAUGUAACAGUGCCUGGCACGUAGUAGGUGCUCAAUAAGUUUGUUGUUGCAUGCGCUUCAGUCUCCCCUAAUGCUUGUCCCUUCCGGGCGCUCUCAUCGCUCUCCUACCUUCUCCGCUACACAGCUCCAAGGUCCCUUCCUCUGGGAAGCUCACCCGUCCCACUUGCCAGGAAGAAUCAAGCAAAUUUUCUGAGUGAGACACCUUGUCCUCACUCAGGCAUCUUGUAGGCGGCUUCAGUGAGUUGUUGGGGCAGAUGCGCCAGGAGCUCCCGAGGGCAGGGACGGCGUCUUAUUUCUCUUUUUAAGUCCACAGGGCUUGCACAAUAGAUGCCCGAAAAAUGAGAGUGAAUUUAGAAUGAGUGACCGAGUGGCUGAAGAUUGCCUCCUUCCUUUCCCAGUCUGUCGGUUACUUACCCUGUGACAAGCCCUUAGGACGUGCAGUCGCCCCUCUCUGGCCUAUGACUGCUGGCUGCCCCCACUGACACCUUAUACCCUUGAUCUGAUCAUAAAUAAGAAGCAGCCCGGGAACCUCGAGACUGAAGCUGAUUUAGAGAAUUCUGGGAGCUUUUUUCACUUCCCUCCUCCCAUCCGGCCAGGACAGAUCCCCGCCCAGGAAGGGGCUAUUGACCAUAGACUGGGAUGGGUAGACUGGGAUCGCGGUGGGGCGGGGCAGGCACGGGGGGCCCCCGGCCUGGAGGUGAGCGCAGCUGCCCUUCAGCUUGUGGGUAGCACUCGGGCCGAGCCAUGCAGGCAGCGCGCGUGGGCUACAUUGCUCCCUGGUGGGUCGUGUGGCUGCACAGUGUCCCGCACCUCGGCCUGUGCCUGCAGCCUGUGAACAGCACCUUCAGCCCCAGCGAUGAGAGUUACCAGGAGUCGCUGCUGUUCCUGGGGCUGGUGGCCACUGUCUGCCUGGGCCUGAACCCCAUCUUCCUUGUGGCUUACCUGAUUUGUGUGUGCUGCUGCCAGCAGGAUGAUGCAGUGCAGACCAAGCAGCGCCACUCCUGCUGCAUCACCUGAACGGCCGUGGUGGCCAGGCUCGUCUGCUGUGCUGCAGGGGGUGUUGGUUUCUAUGGAAACAGCGAGACCAACGAUGGAGCGUACCAGCUGAUGUACUCCUUGGACGAUGCCAACCACACCUUCUCUGGGAUCGAUGCUCUGGUAAGUCUCCCGGGCAGCUGGCCGGACCCGUGGGAGCUGAAGGCUGCAGAGUGUGGAUUAGCGGACACUGCCCCACUCCCGGCCCAUUGUGCUUCUUGGUUUAGCGUGACAGUUUCAGAACAACAAAGCCCUUUCUCCCCUUGCUGCCAGCAAGGGCAUGCUUGGGGCUGCCAAGCUGCACCCCGGGGCUCUGCAGGCACCCUGGGUGUGGGCUGUGGGAAAGCCCCGCUAACCAAGGGGACUCGCUACUACCUGUAUUGCAGCCAGAGUGGAAGCAGCCCCUUCCAGCAGACCCUGACCACCUUCCAGCGCACGCUCACCACCAUGCAGAUCUAGGUCGUGGGGCUGCUGCAGUUUGCCGUGCCCCUCUUCUCCACCGCAGAGGAAGACCUACUUGCAAUCCAGCUCCUGCUGAACUCCUCAGAGUCCAGCCUUCACCAGCUGACCGCCAUGGUGGACUGCCGAGGGCUGCACAAGGACUAUCUGGACGCCCUUGCUGGCAUCUGCUACGACGGCCUCCAGGGCUUGCUGUACCUUGGCCUUUUCUCCUUCCUGGCCGCCCUCGCCUUCUCCACCAUGAUCUGUGAGGGGCCAAGGGCCUGGAAGCACUUCACCACCAGAAACAGAGACUAGGACGACAUUGAUGAUGAUGACCCCUUUAACCCCCAAGCCUGGCACCUGGUGGCAGGACAGCUUCACAGCUUCUGCAGCUACAGCAGUGGCCUGGGCAGUCAGACCAGCCUGCAGCCCCCCGCCCAGACCAUCUCCAACGCCCCUGUCUCCGAGUACAUGAACCAAGCCAUGCUGUUUGGUAGGAACCCACGCUAUGAGAACGUGCCACUCAUUGGGAGAGCCUCCCCUCCGCCUACGUACUUUCCCAGCAUGAGAGCCACCUAACUGUCUGUGGCGGAUGAGCACCUGAGGCAUUACGGGAAUGUUUACAGCCUAACAGACUUUCGGAGGUUCCUGCCUCCUUUUUCCGUUUUGGUUUUUAAUUAGUGCAAAUACAAGCUGCGUUUCUUUAAUAGAAACCAAAGGCAUCUGGAGCCCGAGAGGCCUCCUGCUGUGGCAGAGGAGCAGCUGGGAUCCCCGACCAAAGCCCCAGAGGGGGCAGAAGACUCACCACGCGGGCCAGCCUCUCUCUUCUGCUCCACACCAGAAAUGCCCCCAGGUGCUUGGCUGCCUCAGAGGUACCAUCCCUGAGCUGGCUGCCUGGCCCUGCUCACCCCUACGCCUCGCUCUUGCCAGGAGGGGAGUGGCAGUGAGGAGGGGGCUAGGUCAGGCGCCACCAUCAGAGAGCUGUGUGUUCUCUCUGGUCUCACAACCAUGACUCUGCCUCUUGUCAGCCCUGCCAAGAGCCCAGACAACCCCUCUCGGAGUCACCUCUGUCCUCCGUUCCCUGCAAGUAACAUGAGAAGGGCUGAUCAGGAGACGCUCUUUAAGAAGGUCGCACCCCUGAUGACACCAGAACAGCCCAAAUCACAGUUCCCAGGGCCAGACAGGCUCUUCCUGGGCCACAGAGGGGCGGCGUCAGGAGAGCUCUGCAGUGGGGGGCUAGUGGCUCCGGGGCUGGGGCAUCACAGCCUGGUGAACCCCGGUGGGAACAGAGGUGAAAGGCUGCCGCAUUCCACCUGUCUCCCUAACCCUCCAUUACCUCACCUCUAUUCCAGAAUCAGUGCUGCAGAUGUGUUAGCUGCAGAUAGGCACGGUCUCAGGUAUGAACAGACACUUUGAAACGACUUUAGGUCUUUCUUUUCUUCAGUGUUUUAAACACGUUGAUUAUCCAAAGAAUUGAAACUCCUGGCACAUCCAGUUUUUACAACAGAUUUGCAGCUCAUUCCUUACCCUGGUUAGGUCACUACUUUUGCAGAUUUUACUGGCACUGAUCUGGAGAUCUACAGAUCUGGAGGAGACAGGGAGGAGUCGAUUCUUAAAUAAGGAUCAGUGAGACAUCCUGUCCCAAGCUACUGUUUGGUGGGGAUCUGGGUUCAUCUCACCCACAGAGAGAGGAUCUUUAAGAGGAGAAAAAAGCCAAGAGGAAAAGCCAGAGUUCCCUGUUCUAGGGGACUAGCCAAAUGCUGUCCCUUCCCUGUUGUCUCCAAGUAAGUUUGCCAGAAAAGGUUUUAGCAAAGUGGUACAACUGUGUCUUUAUGGGAGGAUAGGCCUCUGCCCUGCCCCACCCCCACCACCUGUUCCUACCCAGUGUCCUGGGCCCCUGGCCUGCCAGGCCACAGGAGCUUAUUGGCCAGGAGGGAAUAAUGUCCCCCAAUACUGCCUGUUGAGGGACUAGAGUUGGGGUCUUUGGUGUUUCCAACCUCCUGCCAACCUGGAGUUCACAACACCAGAGCCCCACGGCCUCGCACACUGAAGCAGGGGAGUGGGGUGACUCGGUGCUUCUGUUUUGGAAGAACCACCUGUCAUCAAAACAUGGACAAAGGGUGUUCUCAGCUCCCAGCGAAGCCUCCACAACGGAAUGGGGCCACAGGGCAGCCGGGACACCCUGUCUCACCUACAUUAACCCAUGCAUACUAUAUACCAUAAACUCACUUUGGUAUGUCCGCGUCACAUGCAGAGAGGAACUCUGUGACAUCAAAGUGUUGCUUCUUAAAGUUUCAUUAUUGGC